AUGAAAUACUCCACCCCAACCCUCUUGGCCAUUCUCGCUUCCGCCUCGUUCGUCUCCGCCGCCCCCACCGCCGUGGAGGCCGACUUCUCCCACCAGUUGGUGAAAAAAGACGACGUUGCUGACGCUCUUUCCAUCUUGGACGAGAUUGCCUCUCUUAACCACAAGAGAUCGUUGGCUGAAGACGAAGGCGAGCUCAACGAGCUCUCCAAACGUGCCGACAACUUGCUUGGCGACUUGCUUUCGGCUCUUUCCAGUUCUGGCAUUAUUGGCAAUGUGUGGCACAUUUUGACUACCGAUGAGCAGUUGAAGGGUGUUUUGGGCGAUUUGAUCAGAUCGGCUGUCAGAGGCGCCAUUGCACAAGGUCCAGCUUUGAUUAAGGCUGUGUGGCAGUCUGGGUUGCUCCAGCAGGUGUUCAGCGAUAUCUGGAACAGUCCAGAGUUGAGAUCUGCUCUUUUCAAUGCUGCCAAGGCCAUUUUCUCUUCUGGUCUUAACCUUUUGAGAGCUUUCUUGGCCAACAGGAACUCUGGUAACCAGAAGAGGGAAGCCGAAGCUGCUGCUGUUGAAGAAUUCAAUUUCAACCCAGAUGUCUACUACGACAAGAGAGAUCUCUUGGACGUUGCUAAAACUGUGGUUACUGCUAUCAAGAACACUGGAAUUGUCCAGAACCUCGUCAAGAAGGCUCUUGCCGACCCCCAGGCUUCCAUCAGCUUCUUGACCAGUGCUCUUAAGAACGGUGUGGUUGUCGCUAGAGACGUCUACAACUGGUCUAAGGACAAUGGUGUGUUGCAGGCUGGUAUUGACUUUAUCAAGAAGAAUGGACCUACUUUUGCCAAGGACAUUGCCAACUUUUUGGGUGGAAAGAUUACCAAUGGUGAAGCCAAGGUUGCUGAUAUUGACAAUGCCGAUGGAGGUUCUUCUGGCACUUCUACGGCUUCGACCAAGCAGAAGAGAGAGGCUGUGGCUGAGGCUGCUGUGCCUACCACGCUUGUUCAGAAGAGACUUUAUUAG